CGGUUACAGAAGACCGUGUCGAUGUCAGCGCUACGUUAUCGUAUCUAAUCAUCACUUAGUGCAGGGCGCACAUUAAUAUCCAACAAUGUACUCCGACAGGUCAGAUCACUUCAACUGUGUUCAGAGAGCUCACCAAAACACACUAGAAGGUUACCCAAUUUUCCUGGUUCUGUUGUUGGUAGCUGGCACCUGCUUCCCAAAGAUCAGCGCGGUCUCUGGCAUCAUAUGGAUUCUUGGCAGAAUUGUUUACGCUCAGGGCUACUACACUGGAGAUCCUUCAAAACGAGUGCGUGGUGCAUUUGGCUACAUUGGGUUACUGACUUUGCUGGUUUGUAGCGUUUUGACUGCACUCGAUCUGCUCCAGUUGAUUUAAUAUACCAUACGUAGAUGACCGACUCCACCUGCGGAAGUUAACGAAGGCAGCUAUGUAGUCUUAAGACUCAUAUAUGCUCAGUUCUGCCAUGAGGAAGAUGCAGACUGUUCAGAAGGUUAACAUAUUUUGUAAACCGUAUUUUGUACAUUUACAACUUAGAUGUAAUCAUUUGUAAUAUUUCAUACCUGUAAAUAUAUAUUUGAAGACCUGUGAUUUGUAUGACAGAAUUGAUUGAUUGAAUGAGGUCUGUUACUAUAGACUGUUUUUCUUGAUUCAUAAUUAUAGGUUAAAACACUUCAGGGAUUAAAAUCAUUCUAGAUGUCCAUGGGCUAUAAAAUCAUAUAAAACACAUUUUCACAACUUCAUAUUUCGAAUGACGUUUCAUCAGUUGAAAGGAAGUAAGGCACAAAUAUGUUAAUAACUACAGUACUAUGUGAAUAGUCCGAAUGUAUACAAACUCCAGGAACUUUUAACAUUUGUUAAACACCUGUGUAAAUCUACAAUAGUUGUCAACAAAAAGUUAUGUCCUAAUGCUCAUGUCAUUUUAUUUACCUUUUUCUUAACACUUAACUGCUCAGUAUAUUAUAUAAUUACAAACUUACCUCUUGUUAUGUGAUUUACUUUAUUCUGACUCAACAACCAUCUCUAAAAAAAACCCAUUGCUAAACCUCAUAAAAUUAUGUCGUCACAUCAAGAGGAUGUAACAUGGAUCAUGGAAAGUAUGUUACAAACUGAUUUGCAAUUUUAAAAAUUGUCAUUUUGAUGUGAAUUUAUCAAUAUUUAAUAGUCAAACAUUUUGCAUCAUUUUGCAGGGUAUAUGCAAUUUUAUACAAUUUGUGACUUAAACAUCAAUAAAUUGACAGAAAA